AUGUUUGGCCUGGCUUGUUUGGCACUCGUCUUACCUCUCACGGCAGCUUUUCCUCAGAGCCGCCCAGAAGAGCAGACGGCCCCCUUCAAAGCUGAUCUCCGGGUCGAUACCAAUCGUGACGGCACGGUCGAUCUUAGCGGCAACACUGAUAGCAACGGCAAGAAUACAUGGUCAGAGACCUCUGGCGCCCUUUUCCUCCCCAAUAUAGGGGUUGCCAGACGCCAUUGCGGGAGUGAUUACACCUGCCAUGAUGCUUACACAAACACGCCAUGGGCACCAGAAUACAUGGCUCCGAUGCGCACAGUGCCCAUGCCCAAUAUUAGCGACUCUGCCACGGCAACUGUUUCUAUCAGUGAUCCCGUGGCUCGCAAAAACGUCCGCAUAUUUCUUGAUUAUCCGGGGAGGAUCGAGGAACUCAACUUCCAAGACCUCAUCGACAUAAAGCCACUACCACCUCCCGAGAACGACCGUUGGGUGUAUCUCGAGAAUGACACGCCGAUUCCGGCGGACAAGUUGCGACAAGGCCUGACUCUGGGUAUCGAUUCUCGCGAUACCAGACGCCCAGGUAGAUAG